AUGGAACUUGCGGCGCCAGAAGUGACCAGGGAGAAUCUAGAUGGGGAGAAGCUGCUGGAGAACCCGGCAUCAAAAUUCCCGGGAGCGCCCCUGGAUCGCGAGGCCGCGCCUCAUGAGCGCCCCCUCCUGGCGCGGCCGGAACAGCCAGCCUCCGAGGGAAAAUUGCUGGACAGGCGGUACUUAUGUAGGUCAGGCUCUGCCCCUGAGGAAGAAGCCUUUGCCAAGACCAGUGAUCCUGCAGUCCCUAAAGCUUUCAAGUGCAGGAGUUGUGGGCUGGCGGUACCCAGCCUCUCUGACCUCAUUCACCAUCAAAGCAGCCAUGGGUGUGACCGACCUUACAGCUGUCCAGAGUGUGACAAAAGCUUCCGGCGUGGUUCAGAUCUGGUUAAGCAUUACAGAGUUCACACUGGUGAAAAACCAUACUCCUGCCCAGAAUGUGGCCGUUGCUUCAGCCUCAGCUCUAAUCUCGCACAACACCGGCGUUCUCACUCGGGUCUCCGGCCUCAUAAGUGCAUGGAGUGCGGAGAGGCCUUUGGUCGUAGUGCAGACCUAGCAAAACACCAGCGAGUGCACACUGGGGAAAAGCCCUAUGCUUGCGCUGAGUGUGGUAAGACUUUCAGGGUUAGCUCCAACCUGAUCCAGCACCAGCGUACUCACACUGGUGAGAAACCCUACCGCUGUGGACUCUGUGGCAAGAGUUUCAGCCUGAGCUCUAACCUUUUACAGCACCAGCGCUGUCACACAGGUGAGAAGCCCUACUUCUGUGCCUGGUGUGGAGAAAGCUUUGGACGCAGUUCCUAUCUGCUGGAACACCAGCGUUCACACACGGGUGAGAAGCCCUACAAUUGCUGUGAGUGUGGCAAGAACUUCACCAACAGCUCAAACUGCCUACGGCACCAGCGCACUCACAAUGGAGAACCACCCUUCAGGUGUCUUGAAUGUGGUCGUGGCUUUGGCGAGAUCACCAUGUUCACUGAACACCAGCGCAUCCAUUUGAGCAAAUGACCUUUCCAGAAUGUGGCUAAAAUCUUACAUCCCAGCUCCAUCAGUGUUCACACAUGGGCAAGAAACCCUAGAAGUUCCCUGAUUGCAGCUAGUAUUUUGUGGACAACACCAGCAUAUGCACACAGGCAAAAGCCUUAUAUUUGCAGGAGGUUUGCCAAGAGCUUCAGUCAGAUUUCCUACUUGCUCUUCUACCAGGUGACCAACGUUAGCAGGAAGACCUCCAUGUGCCUGUAAUAUGGCAAGGCCUUUUCCCACAACUCUUAACCUUGUUUAGCACCAGUGGAUGGUCCAAGAUGAGAGCUUCUGCAGUUAUCCCUGGCUUCAGUUUUAGCCCAAACUUUGUCUCUGGGUUUGGGUCAGUCCUGAGAAGCCUGAAGGGACCAGGAGUUUUUUUAUUUGUUUUGUUUUUUUCCAUCCCUAAGGUGACUUAAUUAAGGGUCAAUAAUAGGGUUCACAAAUGGCACCUGGGUUGAGCCACAGGCUAGAUGAACAGCACUAGAGCUAUGUCAGCCUUCAGAGAAACAAGAUUUAAAUGCACACACAAACGUCCUGUUCUCUGAGAUUUCAUUCAGAAUCUCCAUUAGCUAGAAGGAAGUUUUUAGAUGCUCAAAACCACAUAGCUCUUGCCCCAGCUGGAGAUUGGCUAACCAUAACAAAAACAGCUACUUUUUCUCUAGAGGAAAAUGAUUAUAAUCCAGGCAAAGUCCAUGUGAGGACUCCAGUAGCCAGAGGUUGGAGGAGUACCAGAGGGGGUGAUAAAAGGAUAUGUCCUGGCAAAGGGGCGGAGCAUUUGACCUUGGGAUUGUUACAUAAACUCUGGGCAUAGGAUUCCAUUCAAGGAAUUCUUCACCACUUAUUAACUACCUUUACUGUUUACACUAGGGUGGUAGAGACUAUGGUAGAAACAAAGAAAUAGAUGAGUUUGGGAUAUUUUAUGGUAUUGCUAGGCAGGGGCAAAGGCCCAAGAUUUGUCACCUGGUUCUUCAAUCCCCUCCCUUAAAAGUCCCCCUGCCCCCCCCCCCCCCUUACUCCCAUCAGUGGAAGAAUAGUGAAGACCUCUGGACUUUGGAUAUUCAGUGUGGCCUUUUUGUCUGCUAUAAAAGAGGUUGCCCAUACAAACAUAUUUCUACUGCUAACGUUAUUAUAUAUGGGAGUCACGAGGUUUCCCAGAGUACCACAUCGUCUUUAAUUUGAGCAGAGUCCAAACAAUGAGGGACUGCUUGUUUUCCCGAGAGGUACACUUGUGUGCACCACAUGCAUACAAGUGUCUCCUCAACCUUUUGUGACAGAAUAUUCAUCCUUAACUGCAGACUCCCUGCCCUCCAAUUUUGCUGUUUAUCAAGCUUGCUGUAUUUAGAACUGUGUCUGUAUAGAGUAAGAGGCUAAAAGAAGAGAACCAGGUUAUCCAGCCUCAGUUUCUAAGUGAUUAGGUUUGUCUCUAGUUGUGUGACUCAUUACUUUUUCUGGGUCAGUUUCUUCAUCUGUGAAAUGUGCAGUCUACCUCACCAGGCUGUGAAUAUUCCAUGGAUAUACCAACUUUCAUGAAGUGCCUGGUUAGGGGAGUGGCUUAGUAAGCCUCAGAAAGCAUCAAGGCAGCUCAUGGAUCAGCUUCUAAGAUUGCAGAAGUGAACUAGACACUCCUGGAGUAGCCUAUUUUCCAAUAAAGGCAAUGGAACAGUAACAGUGAAUGAUGCAGCCAUUGGAGAUGGGUGUCACCUGGAGCAAAUCUGAAAGGCAUGACCUAGGUGAUACCUAAUGAACAGCUCUGGCUCUUCAAACUGUGGGGGAAACUUACUCCAAGCAGGAGUAAGUAAUUAAAGAAAUUACUUGAAAUUGUUUUCAAGUACAACAGUACUUGGGAAAAAAAAGAAAAACACAACCCCUGGGUUGGAGUUGAAUAUCUAAGUAUAGCACAAACAUAAUUGGCACUCAAUAAAUAGUUGUUAUGGUUUGGUUCUGUUUA